CGGUAGCCUGUUACAAAGUCUGAAGUCUAACAGUUAAGGGCAAAAACAUUUCUCAAGAAGUUGAAAAAAGAAGCCGGCGAUGGCGUUGGCGGGUCUUUACAGAAGAACUCUUCCCUCUCCUCCUGCAAUCGAGUUCGCUUCUGCAGAGGGCAAGCAACUGUUCACGGAAGGUAUUGCUGGAGGGACGAUGGAAGGCUUUUUCAAACUUAUAUCAUACUACCAAACGCAAUCGGAGCCUGCGUUUUGCGGACUCGCCACUCUCGCCAUGGUCUUAAACGCCCUCGCUAUCGAUCCUGGAAGAACCUGGAAAGGGCCUUGGAGAUGGUUCGAUGAUUCAAUGUUAGAUUGCUGCGAGCCUCUGGAGAAAAUCAAAGAACAAGGCAUCACUUUUGGUAAAGUUGCUUGCUUGGCUGUUUGCAACGGUGCUCAUGUUGAAACUUUGAGGACCGACCAAUCUAGCUUGGACGAUUUUCGGCAACGCGUAAUUUCGUGUACUUCCUCCGAGGAUUGCCAUUUGAUCGUCUCAUACCACAGAGGAGUUUUCGAGCAGACAGGAAGUGGUCAUUUUUCGCCAAUUGGGGGUUACCAUGCUGGAAAGGAUAUGGUUCUGAUUUUGGACGUUGCUAGAUUUAAAUACCCUCCUCAUUGGGUUCCUCUUUCCCUUCUUUGGCAGGCUAUGAACACUGUCGACAAGGCAACCGGACAUCGUAGAGGGUUCUUGGUUAUUUCAAAGCUUCAUAAAGCGGCAUCCGUGCUUUAUACUGUGAGCUGUAGACACAAGGAUUGGAACUUUGUUGCAAAGUACUUGACAGAAGAUGUUCCCCUUCUCUUCACUUCUGGGUAUCUAAAAGAUGUUGAUGAUGUGUUAUGCAUUGUAUUCAAAUCAGCACCUCCUAAUUUGCGGGAAUUCAUCAAGUGGGUGGCAGAGGUUCGGAGACAGGAUGAUGGCAGUAGUAUGUUAGGUGAAGAGGAGAAACGAAGGCUUGCACUCAAGGAAGAAGUAUUGAAACAAAUACGAGAGACUGAACUAUUCAGACAUGUGACGAGAUAUUUGGCAUUUGAGAGCUCGUUGUGCUACAACGUGGCAUCUUUGGGUUAUGAAGAUAGGUUAGCUGACAUUGCUGCAAAUGUAUGUUGUCAAGGAGCAGAACUUCUAAUGGGGAAAAUCAGGUCAUCAAAUGGAUUAUGCUGUAAAGCAACAAACGUAAAACUUAUAAAAACUGACAGUAAGGAGCCUGUCACAAUGGUUUCAGGCACGGUAAUUAGUAAUGGCACCGAACAAAGGGUUGAUAUGCUUAUCCCAUCAUCUCAAACAGAGCCCAGUUGUUUGUGUGAUUUUGAUGAAAAUAAUUGUUGUGGUAUGCAUCCAUCAAUGGGGGAUGGUCUGACAGUACUUCUUUUUGCCCUGCCUCAAGAUACCUGGUUGGGCCUUAAAGAGGAGAAGCUACAGGCACAGAUGAAAGGUCUUACAUCGGUUGACAGUCUCCCGACUUUGCUUCGGGAGGAGGUGACAUCUGGUUCCUCUCUUUUUUUGUUUCCCUCAAAUUCUUUGUAUUUCCUUUUAUGUCUUGAUUUUAUCCAUUUUUCUUUUAAUCAUUUUCCAAUGUCUUGAGGUUUCAUCAUCAUUUUAAAUUUCUUCAACUUUAGAACAUAAUUGCCUAGAAAAAUUGGGGAUCAUGGUGCCAUGGUCUGUUUUCACAUUCUAGUGGAUUUGUUUUUAUUUUUAUUCUCAUCAGUUUUUCUUCUAGUAGGCUUACAAGUGAACAACUAUUUUGGCCGCUAAAGGCUGUUCAAAGAACCUAACAAAUAGUCUUUAGGCUUUUGGUUAAGAAUUCAAUUUUCAUCUUCAUACCUGUUUCACACUGGUUAAUCAAUUAUGACGGACCUUGUUGAUCUCUGACUCUCCUAUUCGUGACCAUGACAGGUUCUGCAUUUGCAAAUGCAGCUUCAUUUCCUCAAGGCUGAUCUCAAUGUCUCAUCCUCAUCUGCUUAAUUUUUGGUUAGACAAGCAGCGUGGUGAAGAAGAACACUGGACCGACUUCUUUAUUGGUUACGUCGGGAACUCCUGUAGUUGUGCAGUUAUUCUGCAAUUUAGAAUUUAACAUGCAAUUUAUAAAACUAUAUCUUGUUGGAAUUUGAAUAUUGAAUUUUUACCAAAA